AUGCAAAGCGACGACACUGAUAAGCUUAUAAGCUGUAAUGAUAGUAAAAAUAUUAUUGAAAGUGAUGAUAUUUGUGAUAAUGUGGAAAAACCCGAACGUGAAUCAUCACCGGAUAUUGAAGAUGAAAUUAUUUUUGUUCCAAACAACCCAAAAUCAUGGUCGGAAAAAGACAUCGAAUUGUGGAUUAAAUGGGCAACAAAAAAGUUUAAUCUUUCUCCGUCACUUGACGUGACUCGUAUCCCUAAAAAUGCUGAAGAUCUCGCGAAAUUCACUAAAGCGGAGUUUUAUAUCGCUUGUGGAUCAUUUGAUGGCGGAAAAAAGCUUUCGCAACAUUACAAAUAUUGCAUGGAAAAUGCAAAUGAAUGCUGUGAUGAAACACUUUUGACUAACUGUGAUCCAGAUCCAUAUCAACUUCUCAAUGCCACGCAUAGAUUGGUCGCUCAAGGGUCGGGUCAAAUUCAACUGUGGCAAUUCUUAUUGGAACUGCUCGCUGAUUCGUCGAAUUCUGAUUUCAUAAAGUGGGAAGGAACUGCUGGUGAAUUUAAAUUAAUCGAUCCUGAUGAAGUGGCUAGAAGAUGGGGCGUAAAAAAGAAUAAAACAAACAUGAACUAUGAUAAGUUGAGUCGUGCUUUGAGAUAUUAUUAUGAUAAAUCAAUAAUGACGAAAGUUCAUGGAAAGCGUUACGCUUAUAAGUUUGACUUUCACGGAUUGAUGGCUGCAUGUCACUCACAAGCUCAAGGAUGUGAUUCGACAAAUUCAAUGAUACCGAAAUAUCAUCCACAUUUGUUAAUGACUUCGAAUGAAUUUGGUAACUAUGCAAGCACUUCAUCAGGUAGCACAUCGGCGGGAUCAAGUUUCAAACCAGUACAGACAUCCGUUCCCAUUCCAUCAACUUCGUCAAUCACACAACCUGUAACAAACUCAGUCAUUUCAACGCCAGAUAGAAGUAACAUUUUCUGGCCAUAUUCACCCUUCGACACAAGACCACCAUCAAAUUUUUAAUUCCUUACAAUUAAUGAAGCAAAUUUCAUUAUUAAAUGAAAGAAAAAGGCUAAUUUGAUCUCAAUUUACAUGUGAAAGAAGAGAAAGAAAAAAGGAUGAGAAAAGCUUCAUGUAAAUGUGGUUCCCUUUUCAAUGUCCUUUGUUUUCUUAUUUGUAAAAAAGAUUUUGUGACCUUUUAAAUUUAUUAGAAACUUUAAUUUUGAGGAUUUGAAAUCUCUCUUCUUUCCUUCUAAUUAAAUAAUUGAAAUCUCGCUUUUCAGGAUCGAAUCAAAAUUAAUUUUCACAUUUAAAUAUCUCAGAAUAUAAUUUUAAGAAAAUACCUCAGAAGA